AUCUGUUUGUUUAUUUGUUCACCGGCCUGCCACAUGGUGGAAGUAGAGGGCAAAGCCCCUCUGAUGCACGACGGGGAGAACAAGAAGAAGAAAGGUGUGUGCGCAGUGUGCGUACAUGCCUGACGGAUAGGGGGGAAAAACAGAUCGCCCUAAAUAUUACCCGUUGAUUUCAUUUUUAUCUUCACGUCUGCAGUUUAUUUCAUCGUUUCCAACGCGACAGUUGCUAUAUAUUUCUGAGUUUCUUCAUGUUCCGUGAAGCUGCAUGCAAACGUUUGUGUUGAAGACUGCACACAAUGCAACGGAAUGCUAGCAGGCUAAUGGCUGGCUAGCUGUUUAGGCUGUUGUCUCGAAGACAUUAGACGGACUGCUGGUUUUACGCACUAUGGGAGCUCGUCUGUUGAGGACCAGAAACAUACACGCAGACACUGCUACUUUUUACGGAUAGAAUAUAAGGCGCAAGUCUCACCUCUGCUCGGGUGCAGCUUAUCUACAACCAUUAGCUCACUGCUACAGCUAAACGAAAAACAUUCUUCAAUACAGAAUCAUCCCAAUCAGCUCCAUUGCUAUUAGCGUAGCAGCUAAUUUCCACAACCACGAACAUUUGUUUUUUUAAAUUGUGGGCAUAUCUUCUACGUUUGACAAUGUUCAAAAAUUGGGGGAAACGGAAUAAAUACGGCACCGCGCCAAAGCGUAUUGAUAGCACUAAGACGCGCCAACCCUUCCUGGAUGACAGCGACGAAGAGUCCCUUGCCAGCACUACAAGUGUUAGUUGUUCAGAGAGCGAGUUUGGAAGUUACCGAAGUGGGUCUGACUCCUCCGACGAGUCUGAUGCGAAGAAAAAGAGCUCUGACGACAGUGAUGAUAGCAGCGAAAGUGAGGAAAAAGUGGUUUCUCGGAACAGUCGAAAGCGCUCGGCACCAAGCGCUGCAGCACUAAACGACAGCUCAAGUGAUUCAGACAGCGAUGUUGGUGUACCUGUCAGAAAAAUGGACAAGAACAAGAGGUUUAAAAGGAUAAAAACAGAUGAGGAUACGAAGCAAACAGAUGCUAAACGCAAAGAGCGACAACGCAAACUUGCUGAAUUGGUUCAAAGGAGAAAACAGGGUGUUUCCAGAUCUCAAAGGCGACGAGUUUCAGCUCCGAAGUCGGACAGCGACGAACCCGAGAACUCCAAAGAGGCUGGUAGCGAGGAGAAAGAGAAGGGUAAAGAUAAAGAUGAAGAGGAAGAUAAAGACGAAGAAAAAAAUGACGAGGAAGAGGAAGAAGAGGCCGCGGCUCCCACGAUGGUGCGGAGCAGUGAUGAGAACAGUGCGUCAGAGGACGAUAGCCUCAAAGACUUCAUAGUGGAAGACGAGGGGGGACAGAAUGAUGGCGACGACGCAGAAAAGACCGAUGUACUUUCUCAGCUUCCAUCGCAGUUCAUUACCAGGUCCCCACUCAUUCACUUUCAAGUGGUGGUAAAAUCCUUGCUGAUAAAUGUCCUGGAUGACAACUUCUUGAAGUCCUUGUACAAUGGUGAGCGGACCAAGCGCUAUGCGCUGGAGAUGAAGGAGUCUUUGCACUAUUACGACGAAAGAUUAGUCCUACCGCGGCUGGAGAACCUUAAACUUAGGAGUCGCUGGAAGGAACGCUACAAACAUCGCGUGGAGUGCUACCCACAGGUGCAGGUGAAGCUCACUCAAAGUGGACGGAGGUGUGAGGCUUGCGAGCUGGACCGCACCGGACGUUUCUCUGUGGUGCUGUCCGGCCAGCUUUAUCACGCGAAAACUUUGGAGGAAGAUCAGUUUUUGCCCGAAGACAAGCAGAGCUUCUGUGUUGGCUCUGUCUGCGCCAGCCGAACAGAGGUGUACCACGCGCUGAAACACUUCAAAUACCACCUUUUUGUGGGCUGUCGCACAGUGAUUGAGGAACACAAUGAGAAGGAGAAGGAGAAAGAGAAGGAGAAAGAGAAAGAUGGAGACGGAGAACAAGAAGAUGAAGAAGAACCUGUGAAAGAGACUGUCAAGAAAGUUUUUGCCUCGCUCCUCCAGAAUGGCUGGAUCAAUGAGCAGUAUGACAGUCUUCAGGAGCACCUUAACAAGGCAGACUUCUUCCAAGAGGAGAAAUUGGAUUAGAUCAUUAGUAGGCCUAAUGCAGACGCUUUGGAAGCAGGCCUGCUUUGCUUGACUUUACAAAAAAGAACCCUAUUCACCUUUUAUUGGCAAACACUUGCAUACAGAUACACAUGCAUUCUUUUAACAGAGACUCAAGUCUAACUUUGGUUUUGUUAUUAUCUUUGGUAGUCAUUCUGUGUUCCAUAUCUUUUAUGCUUGCUUUUUAAUCAUAUACCUAAACUUUAGCCAGAGACCAUUUGUUAUCUUUAAAGCAUAAUGUAACUUUGAUCAGGUCUUUUAAUAGUUACUGUAGGAUCCUCUCAUUUAUGUGUAAUGAAAAAUAAAGUAAUCAGAAAAUUGUC